CCAUGACGCAAAUGAAUUAAUCUCUUCAGAUGCUGUUGCAGCAGAGUUGGUCCUAUUCAGAGAAAGCCGGGUGGAGGACAACACUUGAUGAGCAAGAAAAGCCACAUUGAAGUCUCUGAUUUAUAAAUAUUAUAUUUACGGGAAGAAAAAUAAGAUUAUGGUUAUAGUGUUUUAAAAAAAAAAAAUGGCACAGAAUAAUAAUACGUUAUUACAUCUCUUCGCGGGGGGAUGUAGCGGCACGGUGGGAGCCAUUGUGACUUGUCCUCUGGAGGUGCUGAAGACCAGGUUGCAGUCUUCAGGCAUCACGCUCCGGCCCAUGUUCCAGGUCCAACUGGGCACGCUCAAUGGUACUGGGGUCAUCAGACCAGGCUCAGGCACCAUUACACCACCUGGCCUGCUGCAAGUCUUACGGUCAAUUCUAGAAAAAGAGGGUCCGAGGUCUCUUUUCCGGGGACUGGGUCCAAAUCUUGUCGGUGUCGCCCCUUCAAGAGCUAUUUAUUUUGCUGCCUACAAGAAGGCGAAAGAGACGUUCAACAGUGUCUUCAUCCCCAACAGCGGAGUGGUGCACAUGUCCUCAGCUGGCUUUGCAGCCUUUGUUACAAACUCCCUCAUGAACCCUGUCUGGAUGGUUAAGACCAGGAUGCAGCUGGAGAAAAAGGCGCGAGGGGAGAAGAAGACGAACGCGCUGCAGUGUGCCCGUUACGUUUACAAGACCGAGGGCAUGAGAGGUUUCUACCGGGGCCUGACGGCGUCCUACGCUGGCAUCUCCGAGACCGUGAUCUGUUUCCUCAUCUACGAGACGCUGAAGAAACGCCUGAACGAAGCGCGCUUCACGUCGCCGAACAGCGAGACGGAGAAAGGGGCGUCGGACUUCCUAGGCCUGAUGAUGGCGGCUGCUUUCGCUAAGGGUUGUGCUUCCUGCAUAGCCUACCCACACGAGGUGAUUCGGACAAGGCUGCGAGAAGAGGGCAGCAAAUAUCAGUACUUCUUCCAGACAGCCCGGUUGGUGGCAGUGGAGGAGGGCUACGCUGCGUUUUACAGAGGACUCAUUCCACAGCUUAUCAGACAGAUCCCCAACACAGCCAUCGUCCUCUCCACCUACGAACUCAUUGUCCACCUGAUGGGAGACUCCUCGCAAUGAUCAAUGACAACGUGUUUUGGUCAGGCCCAUCGGAUGGAAGGGCAACAUGAUGUAGCUGUACCCCAAGGCACGUUGGCUAAGAAAGAGACUAUCGUGCA